UAACGUAGUCUCCACCUGUGACCCUCCACUCCCCAGCUUUAUUGACAGAAGAAAAGCCCGUGAACUCCCUUAAAGUAGUCUCCUCUCCCUCCUCCUCUUCCACAUUAAAAACCAAACGGCUAACCUCCUCUCCCGCAUUCAUCACUCCCUCUCCUUCCCUUUUCUUUAUCACAAUGCCUAGCAUCCAAUGCGCAAUCUCCAUUGCUCUUCUCUUUAUCCUUCUCAGCCCUGGCCAAGUUGUCUGCCACACAAAGGGUCUCCGGCCGGGGCGGCGGCAACCAUCGAAGGAGUAUUCGAAGAAUGCAACGCAGAGCCAGCUGAUAGAGAAGCAAUUCAUGAGGUGGGUUAGAUACGUCGGCGGCCUCCGGCAUUCAGUCUUUAAGAGGGCCCUGAAUAAGGUCAUUCCUUCCUAUACGCUGACAGUGGACAAGAACCCAUCGAAAGGCGACUUCACAUCGAUCCAGGAUGCCAUCGAUUCACUUCCUUUUGUCAAUCUAGUAAGAGUUGUGAUCAAGGUCAAUGCCGGCACUUACAAAGAGAAGGUAAACAUAUCACCAGGAAAAGCUUUCAUCACCAUAGAAGGGGCAGGAGCAGAUAAGACGGUGGUUCAAUGGGGAGACACUGCCGACACGCCUGGGCCAAGAGGCCAGCCCAUAGGGACCUUCAAUUCAGCUACAUUUGGCGUGAAUGCCCCUUAUUUCAUAGCAAAGAACAUUACCUUCAAGAACACCACCCCAAUUCCGCCACCAGGGGCAAUGGGGAAGCAAGCAGUAGCAUUGAGAAUAUCGGGCGACACUGCAGCGUUUCUGGGCUGCAAGUUCCUGGGUGGCCAGGACACGCUCUAUGAUCACAUCGGCCGGCAUUACUACAAAGACUGCUACAUUGAAGGCUCUGUGGACUUCAUCUUUGGAAAUGCUCUCUCCCUGUUUGAGGGAUGUCAUGUGCACGCCAUAGCACAGAACUAUGGAGCUGUGACGGCACAGAAUCGGAUGAGCCUAUUGGAGGACACGGGGUUCUCGUUCGUGAACUGCAAGGUGACCGGCUCCGGGGCUCUCUACUUGGGCAGGGCAUGGGGGACCUUCUCCCGGGUAGUGUUUGCCUACACAUACAUGGACGACAUCAUAAUUCCCAGGGGCUGGUAUAACUGGGGGGACCCCAGCCGAGAGAUCGGUCCUGCCCACGAGCAUGUGCCGGACGGGCCUUGCACGCUUUAUUUCCGUUAGGCCGUUCUGACCGUUAGUUGGGAAGGGACCAGCCGUUGGGCCUGGCAACAAAACUUUAGAGAUAACCCAAACAAAGACAGGUUAUCUUCGUAGGGCAAUACUACUAAUGGUAUUUGAAAUGAUAGAUGUGGUUAGAUUAUUGCAUUAAUGCUGUAUUUAUUUGUAGUUUUACUUAGUCUUACGUGCUAACAACUUGUAAUGAGUACCACAUUUCCUUCUUUUUUUUUACUUUUUUUAUCAGGAAUAUGGUGGGAAUGCUAUCA